UCUUUCUUCAAUGUGGUAAAAGAACGACAUCUAAUGGGCGGAAUCCGCUACUACAACACGCCUCUACAGUUAAAGAAUCCAAGGGCGGAAUCUAUCCCAGUUUCCUUUUUCGACACUUUCUAACCCACUUUCAUCGCGUCAGGGCGGGGACAACUUACAAUGUAAAACUCUAAAAAGCAACUAUUAGCGCUUUAAAGGCUUAUUCAUCCACCGACUUCGACGGACAAAACUUUGUUACUCCUCCUCUCUAAACAGUGUAAACAAAACUUCGCUCUUGCUCUAACAUCGUCCAGUUUGAUGUGAAAACCUCUUUUUGUCCCUCAAAUCCCUGAUCCCCGGUCAGUCGACUCCUGUAGGAUAAGCAAUACGAUCUGCUCCUAACUCCAUUUUCUAUUUUUGUGCUUCCUUGUGCUGCCAAGCUCCUGACGUAAUGCUCCAUGUUAAUUAUUAGCAUGUGGGAAGCGAUGCCGAGACUCUCCUCUGCUGCUGCUUCAACAAGAGCUGACUGACUGCGGGGAGAAAAACCUCGUCAAGAUGGCCAAACACACUGACCCAGAGUGAAGGGGCACCGCUCCGCCGUCCCGUCCAGUCCUGUCCUGUCCUGUCCUGCGACCAGCACCCAUGCAACUGUGCCCUUAGAUGUAAGAUCUUCUCUGAGGAAAAUGCUAUUAAGAAUGAAGCUGGACAGACUCCAUAUGCAGGAGCAAAGCUGAGGAACACUCAGUAAGCCCAUAGUGACCAGACAGUUGGAGAGCUCUACCAUCUCACAAGCUUCAAACAGGGAUUCCCUGCCAUCAUGCCAAAGAACCAAGAAUGAAUAUGCUACACGUUGGUGCCCAAUAACAAUUAACAUCUCAAAGGCGUAUUCUUUGUCAAACCGCAAAAUAAAGAGGCAAGCAAGUGCAUUUUUGGAAGCAUCUGCAAGGUGAGUCUCCAUUUAGCUGCAGAGUACAGUCAUCGCUGAGGAAGGCGUCCAAAGGGUCUUAGUCAUCUCUCCCUCUUGCUACAAACCGAAUUCCAAGUCCUGGUGCCUGCCCACCAGAUCAUGAUGUUUCGUGACCAGGUGGGAGUCCUCGCCGGCUGGUUUAAGGGGUGGAAUGAGUGCGAACAGACGGUGGCAUUACUGUCGCUCCUCAAGCGGGUCAGUCGGACCCAAGCGCGCUUUCUGCAGCUCUGUUUGGAGCAUUCCUUGGCAGACUGCACUGAUUUGCAUGUUCUGGAAAGGGAGGCCAAUAAUCCAGUGGUAAUCAGUCAGUGGCAGAGUGAGCCAAAAGAGCGGGUCAUCUCUCUGGUUCUCACCCAUUUGCCUCUCCUUAAACCGGGCAAUGCAGAGGCCAAGGUGGAGUACAUGAGUCUUCUGCCUAAGAUCUUGGGGCACACUAUCGAACAUGGCCGCCACCUGGAGGAAAGCAGGCAGCUUCUCUCCUACGCCCUCAUCCACCCCGCAACCUCCCUCGAAGACCGGGCAAACCUUGCCCUGUGGCUUAACCACCUUGAGGAACGGGCGGCUGCCCGAGGAGCUGGAGACUCCCUGGAGCGAGCACCCUCAUCUCACCAUGGGCAACCUCUGCAUCUUUACCCCCAUCAUCAACGCUACGGCUCAGAUGACCGCCUCAACGGCUGGCAGAGCUCAAGGGACUCUGGACUUGGAAGUUGGCAGCAGCAGCAACAGGGCUGCGAAAACGGGCACCUCUCACUGUACCCAUCAUCUUCUGUGCCCUCUACGAUUAACGCUGUGGGUACAAGCAGUGGGACCAACACAAUUCUACCGGGUGGGCAGCACAGUCCUCUGAGGCGUUCGGUGUCUCUGACCCCUCCGAUGAGUGGCGGAUCUAACCAGCCUCUGGGGCACGGCUGGCUGUCUCAGGAGGACCUUCGUCCCCGCGGGCCGGCCCCUGACCACGCCCCUCUCUCUCCUCAGAGCAGCGUGGCGUCCUCGGGCAGCGGAGGCAGCGAGCACCUGGAGGAGCACGCCGCUGUCCGUAGUACAUUCCAUGAGGAGGGCAGCGGAAUGAGAGAUGUGCCAGGGUGGCUGAAGAGUCUUCGUCUCCACAAGUACGCUGCACUCUUCUCCACUAUGACCUACGACGAAAUGAUGUCACUGACAGAGCAGCAGUUGGAAGCACAGCAAGUCACCAAAGGGGCACGGCACAAGAUCAUCAUCAGUAUACAGAAGUUGAAAGACAGGCAGAACAUGCUGCGCUGUUUAGAGAAGGACAUACUGGAAGGAGGGAAUCUACGAGCCCCUUUACAGGAGCUCCACCAAUUAAUCCAGACCCCCAUUAAGGCGUGUAGCACAGAGGAGUCGUCACAGCGUCACCUGCUGAGUGCAGAGGGGAAGAGCAGCAUCGCCAGCUCCCACCUGGGUGGAGGAGAGACAGAAGGCAGCUCCACGGUCAUAGCCGAGGGAGACAUCCCUGCUCAGUUCACUCGUGUCAUGGGCAAAGUUUGCACACAGCUCCUCGUCUCCGGGUCAGAUGAGGAGAACAUUAGUUCCUAUCUACAGCUUAUUGAUAAAUCCCUAAUCCAUGAGGCCUUCACAGAGACACAGAAGAAGAGGUUAUUGUCAUGGAAACAGCAGGUGCAGGUGCAGUUCCGGUCAAUUUCGCGUAAAACUCUCCUGGACUUAACAGGUCCCAGACGAAGUAGCCGUUACGGCCAAUCCAACUCCCUUCCUACCACGGGCUGCCUGGGCAGCGGCGUGCCCACUCGGAGGAACCUGCGGCAGUAUCAGAUGCGGAGUUUGCCUGGUGCAAGACUCAGCCUUUUGGGUACCACUGGCCUGUUCGGACCAACCCCCAGCAGCAGCAGCAGCACCCCUACUGGCCUGAAACAGGGGCGACAGGGUUUGUGGUUUGCCAACCCAGGGGGCAGUAACAGCAUGCCUAGCCGCACCCACAGCUCAGUUCAGAGGACUCGAUCGCUGCCCGUCCACACCAACCCACACACCAUGGCCAUGUUCCAGCAAACAGAUUUACAGGUGCCUGUGACUGAGCCAGACAUCAAUAACCGUUUGGAGUCCCUAUGUCUCAGCAUGACCGAACAUGCUCUUGGAGAUGGUGUUGACCGAACUUCAACUAUAUAAAAGAAGAGGGUGCACAGGGAGACGGUAUACCCGGCUGCAGAGGAAAAGGUCAUCGCGAGGUCACAAGCCCCUCUGUCUUGGGGUGUGGUUUACACAGUGCCAAUCACCAUAUUCGGAAAGGCUUCACACAAGCAAGUUCUGUCACCUUGACCACUUCAGCACGUUAACAUUUGAUUUUGAGAGAAUCACAUCUUCAACACAAAAAGUGGGAUAUUUCAAACCUGCAGUUCCUCAGAAGAACGCCACAAAGGGUCUGUGCAUCGACAGGCCAUUAAGAGGGGUCCGUCAGACAGUAGCGGCACUUCCUGAGAGGUGGCUGUCUAGGACGUCAUGUCAUAACAUAUCAGCAACCAGCACACGAAACCAGCUAACAGACAUGUUGUUACAGAUAAGAUGUUUUCUGUUCAUUGCUCAGAGGUUUAAUGAAGUACCUCUGUGCAGAGGCUAAAAAUAUUACGUAAUAGUAUGUUGUUUACAUUUAAUACUGCCAAGGAUUUUUUCAGGUGUGAGUCUUGUCGAAAUCCGAGGACAGUGUACAGCUUUAGGAUCCUAAACGCCGUCAUAGUUUACAAAAGUGUUUUUGCUGUUUUAUUUUCAUAGUUUCAUUUUGUGCCAGCAGGAAAGCUGUUGCAAAACACUUAAGAGACAGAGGUAGAGCUACGGAUGGUACUCCAAAGAAAGAUAGAGAGGGAAUGUGAGAGAGAGAGCAGAGAAGAGAUGUGAUUGGAAGGGGAAAACAGGAAGUGAUGUAGUCGGUGGAGAUGUGAAGGGAGCGAGGAAUGUCGUAGAUGGAUUCUGACAUGAGGAGCAGGGGUCGAGGGAAAUCAGGAGGUCACAGUUUGUCUCUAGUUUCAGCAGAUAUGAGCAGACAAGGUUUUUUUUUACAUUUGGGAGAAAUGCCAGCAAAUGCAAGUAGAUGUGUGUAGGUUGAAGAGCAGCAGGGAAACUUGUAGGUCAGAGAUACGCAGGUUCAGACGGAAUAUGCAAACCUUUUUUCAUUUUCAAUGCUGAUUUUGGAGGGAAAUCUGCAGUGAAGUUAACCCUUCCGUUUUGGAGAAAAUUCCAAACAGCUGUUUUGUUCGGGUCAAAAAAGACCCGGUAGAGAACAGUAGAUACACAGCACCUUCCAUUUUGUUAUGAGCAUUAACAUAUCCAAAGGCUUGUUUUACACACUUAACACAAGCUUUUGAAAAUAGCAUUUCAUCUGGAAAGAGCACCACCUACUGAAUAUAUCAGUAGUGGUACAAUUCUUUUACAGUAGAUAUACUGUACAGUUCAUUUUGAGAAAAACAAGAUGAAAAUUAGAAUACUUUCAAACUGUAUAUGUUUGAAACAAAGAUUCUAAAUUUGAAAAAAUUGCCAUAGACUUCCAGAAGGAAUCUUUUAUACACAUACUUCGGGAUCAGGAUGUCAUAAUAACUUUGGGGUGGUCUCUUUUGACUUGGGCCAGUAAGCAACCAUCUUGCAACCAUUUAGUAAUGCUCAAGCAACCACCUUGCAAUGCCCUUGUUAUCACCCAAAACAUUGUGACAUUGCAUAAAUAUAAAGAAUUAUCAUUAAAAUAAUAAUAAUAAUAAUAAUAAACUGAUAUCAUGUAACCAACAAACAUUGUUUUUCAAUGUUUUUAACUGUUAAACAGGUCAAAAGUGACACAAACAUAACAGGAGGGCUAGAUAUGGUAAAAAUAAAAAGUACAUUUAUGCAUUUGCCAAUCAUUUUUAUCCAAAGUGACUUGCACUAUAUUCAAUUAGGCCUAUACAUUUUAUAAGUAUGUGUGUCCCCUGGCAAUCAAACCCCAAACCUUAGCGUCAUCUAAUUGGCCAAAAUAUUUCAAAAACCAACAUGCAAGGGUUGGGGUGCCUGUAGAACUUUGUGAAUGAACAGCGUUCAAAUUCAGUGGAAAUGUUGUAGACACAGAUUUCGUGUGGGCCUUUACUGUUGAAUUUUUAUGCUAUCUGUAAAUGCAUAGCAGUUAGAGGGUUUGCCGAUAUUUUGUUUAAUCGAUUUUGGCAAUGUUGUAGAUUUCGUAUGGAAGUUUUCAACAGGUCUCUGUGUAGUACAUUAAAAUAUUUGGGAUAUCUCAACACUUGUGGUACACUAUGUCAGCGGGACGUAGAUUGUCAAAUAUUUCUGUCGUACCAAAAUAUCCUUAAUAAACAGAGAUGAAAUUCACUGUAACAGAUUUGCAACACUAAUACACAAGUUAUUAGUGCAGUGCGCCACCUGGCGGUGAAACUCUGCACAAUGCAGUGGCACGUCGUCUUAGAAAGUUACCAAUAAAUGAGACUAGAUUCUUUCAUUUUUUUUUUUUUUUUCAGUAUUGUCUUAAUAUCAGCCAUUAUUAGUUAAUCGUGCCAGGUAUAAAACUAGUUUGUUUACACUUUAGGCAGACAAUAUUGGACUCUUACAAGUGAAGAUCUGAUUUUCUGCAUGGAAAGGGUCUGAUUUUAAAUCUAAAAGGGUUUUUGCUAUAACUGUUUUAAUCUGGGACAUUAAAGUCCUUUUAUGAGGGUGUUAAGUGAUUGGUAAUAUAUCUUAUUAUUUAGAUUUUUCCUGUAAAACUUCGCUUUUCCUGCCCUUGGUGCUGUGAAUCUUUGCUAAAAACCAUCAAAAGUGAAUUUGCAAUAGCGUGCAAUAGACUUUCAUCAGCUGUGUGGUGUGAUGCGUAACUUGGGCGGAGGGGGAGCAUAACUGGGCGUCUUAGAAACAGGAACUGGACUGGCAACCUGGAACUGUGCACACUGUGCAACUUUUUCAAGGAAAGCUAUUGACAUAGUGAGCCCACGCCUCCGUUACCCCACAAAUCCCUCAAAAGAUACACUACACCACCACGCAGGAGGACUGUAAAACAUAGUUCUCGGAUGGAGGGAUACGCCAGCACACCAACCCACACCUCAAGUUUUUGUACGUUUGGCUGAUCCAAAGAAACCAUGAUUUAACUGACAGAAUUGUUGUACUCCUGUGCGCAGAGUAUAGAGGCACUUUGACAUCCAUUGAGUGGUGUUUUAUUUUAAGAUGAAAUUCAGGUGUUGAGGCAAGGAAAACAUACUCACUUACACUUACACGUUAAAAGCUGCCUUAAAGAAUGUCGCUGUCUCAUGCAUGCCACCCAAUGACACUGUUUUAAGUGCUAUGUUGACUAUGCAGUGUGUCAGUUAUGAUUGGUGCCUCCAAACUAGUGCAUGAAAUGCCUUAACAGAAUGGUAGCAGGCGUUGCAUUACAAAGCAUGUUAGAAAACGGUUUGGCAUAGCUCUAAAACCAUUGUGUGGCGUCUUGUGUUUUUGUACACUUGCAUCUCGUUUAGAGAUGCAUUUGUUUAUGUGUAUGAAAAGCCAAUCAUCACUGCCAUUUGAAUGAAAAAAAAAAAAAAAAAAUUGCAGAUUCAAAUGAUUAUUUAUUCUUUUUUCUAUUAUUGAUGUAGAGGUUAUUGUAUUCAUUUAGAUGUAUUAUUUAAGAUACAUGGGUAUUAACUUUGCUAUGGCUGGUAACCAUAAGUACAUCUCAAAUAACAACCUAGUUAUUUUUUUGACAUGUUUUUCCUAGUUUGCUUU